CACACACACACACGCUCCCAUCCUGCACCGACAUCCUCCACCCAGUUUCUUUUUACUUGAAACCCCUUUUUACUCCCGCUCGGCAGUGCUGCACGACCACUAGGAUGACUGGGAAGACCCAGACCAGCAACGUGACCAACAAGAAUGACCCGCGCUCCCUCAACUCCCGCGUCUUCAUUGGCAACCUGAACACCGCCGUGGUGACCAAGGCCGACAUCGAGGCCAUCUUCGCCAAAUACGGGAAGAUCGUGGGCUGCUCGGUGCACAAGGGCUUCGCCUUCGUCCAGUACGCCAGCGAGAGGAACGCCAGGGCGGCCGUGGCCGGAGAGAAUGCCAGGGUCAUCGCCGGACAAUCGCUAGAUAUCAACAUGGCCGGAGAGCCAAAACCAUACAGGCCUAAGAUGGGCUCCAAGAGGCCUCUCUCGUCGCUCUACAGUGGCUAUGAGUUUGACUACGACUACUACAGAGACGAUUUCUACAGCAGACUCUUUGAAUACCACGGUCGCGUCGUGCCCCCAACCCGAGCUGUGAUCCCCAUCAAGCGUUCGCGACUACUUGUCCCGUCCACACGCAGAGCCAAAUCCUCCUUUCCAGUCAGAGCGUGUUCCUCCUCUUCUUCCUCCUCGACCUCCUCCAGAGUGCUCAAUGCCGGCUCUUCCAUCACGGGCCCUAAAUUGAAAACAGACCAGCUCCUAACAAUCAAAAAGGAGCUGUCACAGAUCAAGACCAAGAUCGACUCACUGCUGGGAAGGCUGGAGAAGAUUGAGCGGCAACAUCGCUCUGACGCCGAGAUGCAGAGGAAACAAGAGGAGAUGUGUGAAUAUCUCCAUGGUGAUGCGGCAGACCGCUCUGGCGGAGAGGAAGCGGAGGGGACAGCCGAGGUGGAGGCGGGGGAGAUGACGGACGGUGGCGAAGACGACUUUGAAGAUGAAGGCACCUGUGACAUGAUAGAGAACCACAUAUCAGACAUUGACAACUGAGUCAGGAAGCCUACAGUACAGAUGGAAGGGGGAACAGAUACCAGCAAUACCUUCUUGAUCAAGAAGGUGUAUUUGAAAUGAAUGGAAAGAGUUUUUCAACUGUCUCAUUAAAACAUCACACUCCUGACGUGCACUUCAUCAAAACGCUGGUUAUCAAUAUUCUCCAAACUAAUGCAAGAUAAACAUCAAAGAGCAAUCAAUAUUUUCCAAUUAAAAUGACUGCCUCUCUGAAAAAUCAGGACAAUACAGUAUAUUGUGUGCUUAACAUAUCAUGGUCUGUAUUGUGCAUAAAAUUACAAUUAUGUGAUCAAUCAGAUGAACCAUGAGCUGCCCUCCUUUGGUGUACUGCAAAUGUAUGUUUGUUCUGUUUGUGUGCAUUGAAAACUGUGACGAGCCACGAUGCUGGCAGAGAGCUCAAUAUGAAUGUAUGAGGAACACAUUUUCUUUGACACUUGAUAAUUAUGUGAUUUGCUUUAGUUGUACAUUUUGAUGAAAUGUACAGUAUGUAAUUUAUUCAUGGUGUCUCCACACAGUAUUGUAUGCACAUCAUGUUUGUCAUUUGUUAUACUUGAUAACAUGCAUUUUAAAAAUUAUGUUCAUAUUCUGUUUAUGGUUAUCAAAAGAUGACUGUUUUUUACUAUUAGCAUGUUCAAAAUGUGGCUAUUAUGGAUCAUUUGUAUUCACUGCAUCUGUUACAGCUAUGGGCAAUAACAGUUUUUGAAAUAAACCAGUUCCUCCCCAAAAAUAA